AUGGCGGCGGCGGCCAGUGUCUCCCGCUCUGCAUCAGGAGGUCGGUCCUUUGAGGAUUAUUCUAUCUACAGUACUCUGAGUGACGACGAGCUGCUGCAGCUCGCCAUCGAGCGCAGCCUGACCGACCUCAACGAUACCACCACAACCAACGAUGCCAUCGACGCCACCAAGACCGCCCCCGUCCUCGCCGCCAGUCCUCCUCACCCACCUGACACCGCAAACGCAAACGCAAACGCCAACAAUCUACACCAAUGCCCCCACAAUCCACCCCCAACUGUGACCCCGGUUCACUACAGCUCGCCAUACCCCCCGAGUGAAUUACCUCCUGAUCUGAAGACGUUCAAAGGGUCCGUCAGUCACUUCAUCACGGGUACAGGAAAGAGGAUGGUGGCGUAUCGCAGUCAUGAAGGCUCUCUGGUCCACGUCUGUCCAGAACCUGAUGAGGAGGAGGAGCCUCUGUUUGAAGCCAUUCGUGUUGGUGACGCAAAAAAAGUGAGAGAGUUGGCAACGCAAUCAGAAACAAACCUGAUGCUGCCGAGUAAACCUGGCUGGCUCGCCAUUCACCAGGCUGCCUGGUACGGCCAGGAGACCUGUCUGAAAGUGCUGCUGUCAGCUCAGCCUGGGAUGAUCAACAAGAGAACUGAGAGCGGGGAGACGGCGCUGCUGGUCGCCGUCAGCAAAGGUCGGCUGAACUGUGUUAACAUGCUGUUGGAAUACGGAGCAGAUGUUGACAUUGCUAACCACGAACCAGAGACCCCCCUCUACAAAGCUUGUGAGCGGAGCAGCGCUGCUAUAGUUGCAGCGUUGUUGAACUAUGGUGCAGCAGUAAACACUCGCUGUAUCCUGGGCUGGACGGCGCUGCAGGAGGCCGUGUGUCGGAACAACCUGGAGAUCUGUGACAUGUUAAUGAAGGCCGGCGCCAAACACAACGUGAAAAACACAUACGGCAUCUCACCGCUAUUCACCGCCGCUCAGAGCGGGCAGCUCGCCGCACUGCGCUUCCUCCUCAAACACGGUGCAGAUAUUAACAGUCAGGCUCCUGAUGGAGCCACUGCGCUGUAUGAAGCUGCUAAAAACGGACAUGAGAAAGUAGUGGAGCUCCUCGUUUCUCAGAAAGCUGACGCCAACAAACCUGGAAAGACAGGAUUAUUACCUAUACACAUAGCCGCCCAGAUAGGAAGUGUAAACAUUGUCCGCAUGUUGAUGGGGGCCACAAGUAAGGCAAGAGUCUGGCGGACUGGCAUCAGCCCGCUCCACCUCGCUGCUGAGCGAAACCGCGAUGACGUCCUGGAGGCUCUGAUCGAGGCGGGCUACGACGUAAAUGCGAUGCUGUCUGAAGAGCGGUCGAGGCUGUACGAGGACCGCCGCAGCACGGCGCUCUACUUCUCCGUCAUCAACAACAACGUCGAUGCCGUGCGCAUGCUGCUCGCGGCCGGUGAACCAAACCUGGACGUGUUCGGGACCCUGAUGGUGGCGGCGAGGAUGGGCUGUAUCGAAACCCUCACCCUGCUGGUGGAGCACGGCGCCGACAUCAACGCCUCCAUCCUGACGCACCCCACCACCUUCCCUGCCGUCUACAUGUUCUCUAUGAAGUACCUGAGCCUGUUCAAGUACCUGCUGGACAACGGAGGCCAUGCCCUCUCCUGCUUUGACUGUUUCUAUGGCAACAAACCUCAUCCACCAAUCAGAACCACCCGAUCACAGACCCAAGAGAUGAUCUACAGUGACAGAGGUCUGCCACAGCCACAGGGGACGAGAGGUGUUCAGUUUUGCGAGAUGAUCUCAGCCCCCAAUAUCUCCCGGUGGGCAGGGCCAAUCAUUGACGUCCUGUUGGACUACGUUGGUAAUGUGACUCUCUGCUCCAAACUGAUGGAACACCUGGACAGUUACCCUGACUGGAGUGGCAUCAAGGAAAAAGCAGCACCUCCGCGGCCAUUAAUCCAGAUUCGUCAGCUGGUCGGGCGUCGUGGGCUGAAGAGGUUGCCGUUGCCAGGAGGUCUGAUCCGCUUCCUGUCACACGACUAUGGAACUGUGGACGAGCCCUGAACAACAUGAGACUUUAAACCAGUUUGUUACGUCAACUCAAGAGAAAGAAGAAUUA